AUUGCACAUCCUACCAUCAUGUCAAUCAUUAUCACAAACCAUCCUCACCCUCCCCAUGCACAUAACACCACAACAUUUUUUAUACUUCUCUUUUCUUUAGCAGGUUGGCCUUUUUGCAGGACGAGUCACAGGACACGAGCAGAAAGGACCGACACCGCUUUUUCACCCACCACAUUACAUCAUACAUUAAAUAUCCCUGCCAUCACCAAAUCACUCUACUACUAUCCGUGGUUCGGAACCCACGUAAAACUGUAGGUCCCUCCGCUAUACGGAUGUACUUCUUCCUCUGUCCUUCUUUGAACCAAUAAAAAGCAAAAAAAAAAACCCUUUUUACUCUGACUGUCCUUCACUCCUCUUUCACAUCCUGAUGGUGCAGGCUCUGGAUAGUCUGGCCCCUAACUUGUGCGUGGUUUGGCCCGGGGUUUUGGGUGCGUGGGCGGCGUCCGUGGCUGUGGCUGUGUUGGGCUUGGCUUGCUCGGUUGGUGGCGGACUCUCCUGCUUUCCCCGAUAAGGACCUUGUCUCCCUUGCCAUCUUAGCAUGAAUAUAACACGUUAAAAAAAAAAAAAAAAAAAGAUGUCCUUCCUCAUUGAAAUUGCGCCUGUGUUAAGCCCCAGUGACUAUUUCUCCUACUACAAUUCCCUUCUUAUCACCCCCCUAUUCUUCCCACUAUCCCCACUUCCCCCUCCCCAUCUUUUUUCUCUUUCUUAUGUUAUGUUAUUAUAAGCGCGGGCAGACUCAGCUGAGUGUUCGUUGUGAGUUGUUGUUACCACAACUAUGGCACGUACCAAGCAAACGGCUCGCAAGUCCACUGGUGGCAAGGCGCCCCGCAAGCAGCUUGCUACAAAGGCAGCUCGCAAGUCUGCUCCAGCCACUGGAGGUGUCAAGAAACCCCACCGUUACAGGCCUGGAACCGUUGCUCUCCGUGAGAUCCGCCGUUAUCAGAAGAGCACUGAGCUGCUUAUCAGGAAACUGCCUUUCCAGCGCCUGGUGCGUGAAAUUGCUCAGGAUUUCAAGACUGACCUCCGCUUCCAGUCCUCUGCUGUCAUGGCUCUCCAGGAAGCUUCCGAGGCUUACCUCAUGGGUCUGUUUGAGGAUACCAACCUGUGCACCAUCCAUGCCAAGCGCGUGACUAUCAUGCCAAAGGACAUCCAACUGGCUCGUCGCAUCCGUGGCGAGCGUGCCUAAGAAGUCAUCCACGAAUGAUCUUCAUAACAGCAAUAUCUAGGCCCUUUUUAGGGCCAAACAUCUCUUUCAUUAAAGAA